AUGCUCUGGAACGCCGGGCCGCCGCGGCCGCCGCUAGGGCUCGGGCCGAGCGGGACGCUCCCCCAUGCCGCCGGCCCGCCAGCCCGCUGGGCGGACUGCACGCCGGGGCCGCGGCUCUCAGGCGCCCCGGGGCUCCGCCGCCCGCUGCCGCGCUCCUCACUCGCCCGCUCGCCCGCCCGCCCCGAGCCGCUGCAGCCGCCGCGUGCCGCGUUCCUCCCCUCCGCUCCCUCGCCUUCCUUCGCCGCUGCUGGAGCGGAGCUUGGCAAACCAGCACCUGCUGCUGGAGAACGCCGAGAACUGAAACAGGAAACCCGGAGCCAGGGGGGAAACCCAGGAGGCGUGGAGAGGGUGAAAUUUGCCUUCGUGGCUCCAGUGAGCAGCGCGCCUAUCCCCAUUGCAUCUUUAAGUUUUGAAGAGGUCCCAGCUGAAAGCAUCCUUCCCAGGAUUCCCAGAGAGAAGAGAGCAGGGUGUCUUACUUAG